CCUAGACAUGACGUUUCACGGUGUGGUUUUGCUCUUCGUGCUACCCGCACUGCAAGCACGUGAUACUAGGAGGUUGCAUACAACGAAGUGUCGCCCUGCGACGCAUGUUGUAUUUCCAAAUGCAACGGCUUCCACUCCCAAAGGUUGGUAGUUUAUUGAGUAACAGCACUCGUAAUGCCUCUUAUCUCAAGGAUUUACGAUCAACUGAUCAAACACAGUUUCUAUCUACCACACCUGGAUGUGUUGUCAAUCCUGGUUCUAAGAACUCAAUUUUUGAAAGCAAUCUAGCUAUAGGUGUAUAUUCAGCUGCAGGAGGAGCACUUGUGGUGAUUAUGAUAAUAGGAAGCAUUUGGUUGGUUAGGAAAUACAGAAGGGAAGGACAAAGAAAAAACUCUUCUAACCCAGAGUCUGAGAGACUGUUAGAUACACUGCAACAUGGAGGGGCUAAUGGAAUGUCAAUGUCUGCUGAUGCUCUUUCUGGAGUAGAAGCAGCAAUCUGUAGUCAGCAGAAGGACUUGAAAUGUGCUGCAGAUGAUCAUGACAUCACAAUGCCUUAUAUGAUAGAAACGUGUACAGCUAAUGGACGAAUUGUGUUAGAUAGACUUGGAAGAUUUGCUGUCUUUCUUCCAGUGCAACCUAACAUUACAGCUACCACUAUUUCAGUCAGUCAUUUGCCACUUGGAUAUACAUCAAUUCUUCCAAAUGAGGUAAUUCCAUUAUCACCUCCAAUACGACUGUUACCAGCUGGAUUUGAGUACGAAAGGCCAGCAUUGCUUAUUAUGGCCAUCAAUGUGUGCAUCUCUCGAGAUGUUGAGAUCAGGCUUUGGCAUAACACUAAUUUUGAAGAUCCCCAUUUUACAGAACUUGAUGAUACUGAGUGUCAUAUUAUUGAUUCAACCACUAGUGGCAGUCAUCGAUACGUUGCUUGUUGGUUGAAGCAUCAUUGUGAUGUUGUUCCUUGCUACAUUGUUCGUCACAAAUAUUGGCAGCUUUAUGCAGGAGUGUUUGCUGAAGUGAGUGAUCAAGUUCUCACAGGUUUACAUGUGUUUAUAGCAAACAAUUCUGAAAUAGUACUGGCUGCAGCUGAUUAUGAAAGUUUGAGACUGCCACAACUAUUUCUAAUAGGUGAAGGAACUGCUGAUGGUAUGAUGUUGUUGGAUUUGGAGAGGGGUUUCAAUAGGCUUGCAGUCAGUUUAAUGCCGUUAGAACAGGAUCAAAUUCUAGCCAGUGUGUGUCAGUGUAAGACUGGCACUCAAUUCGUUCAGCACAUUGUGUUUUGUGGAUCAUUGUCUUCGAGUUGUACUCUUUCUAUUUGUACUCUGACUGGUGGUGUUUGCAGGCCACCUGACCAACCGUUUUCACCCUUUUACACUUGCCAGUUAGUGUGUCAAAAGACAUUGAACUUGAAUGAGGUUUAUGACUGUGGUGCACUUUCUCUUGCUAAGCAGCAGCAACAGCAAGGAGCCAGCUUGACAACUUGGUGUUUGCCUUUAGAAAACAGACAGCGUGCACCUGUGUGUUUUCAAACUCGAGCUCAAGAGCUUCGCAAUCAAGGAACAACAUUAAAUAACUCAAAUUUGUCAAGGAUUGCAGACUAUUUUAUGAAAGUUGGUACAUCUGUUUCAUUGCUACUUACUCUUGCUCAAAGGCUUCAUUCAAGUUUGGAGGGAGAAGUACGAAAGCAUUUGAAUCUGGAAGCAGACACAUCAGAAGUAGCAACUAUUUGUCAGUUGGAGAAGUUGUUGUCUUGUUACAUAUGCACAUCCAGUGAAGCAUGUGUAGAAGAGGUUCUUGCUCUUUUCAAAGGACUGCAAGAUCAAUGUCGUGUAGGGUACUGCGAGGAUCCACCUUGUGAUGAUGAUGCUGUUUGCCAGUUUGAGAAGCUGAUUGCUCUCAUCUUGAGUCACAAGUAUGAUACCAAUCUCUAUGAGCCGUUUAAUCCAAAUUUAGAAUUUGUUGCAAUUGGAGCAUCAGUUCAUCCACAAUUUAAUGUCAUACACUCUCAUGAUCUAUGUCAAUACUGUACUACUGAAUUUGAUCAAGUUGCUCCGAGAGCUGAGAUGUUGUGUUUUGACUCCACAGCUGAAAUAACCAUAGUUUCAAGAUCUACACUACAUGGACAGAUGCUUCAUAAUUAUCCGGGUCAGGCUGUUCCAGUUAAUUCCCGGCAAAGAGACAGUUCUUUUGACCUAAAUUCAUCUCCCAGACCCUUAAGUCAAGUAACGUUGGCAAUAUCUCCUGCUACUUCGUAUCCUGUGGAACGUACUGAUGCCUUAGUAAAAAAGAUAGUGGAAAUGAACAUGGAGAUAGGAGCUACUAGUGAUUCUACUAGAGAAGCUGGUGUGAAUGACUUGUGCAGCAGUGGCAAGCAAGAUCAGCUUGACAGCAGUGCCGACAUACGUCAUGAAUUCUAUGACACGAGUGAGAAGAGCACAAGAGAUGAUCGAAUAUCUUGACACUGCAUGGUACUGGUGAAAGAAGCACACAUAUGAAAAUGGGUUAGAUUAGGUGCUUACAAAAAAUUUCUUGGUAUUGAAAGUUAUCUUUAAAAAUGUUCUGUACAUUUUUAAUCCCAUCAUAAUGUACUACACUGUACAGAACUAAUAAUAUAAAUUAAACCCAAACAGCUACCGAUGCACUAGCUGUCAUUGCAAUUAAAUCUAACCCGAACAGUUGAUGACUAAGUUGUCAAGUAGGGCCCUUUCUAGGCAUCAUGAUCACUAGAUCUAGAGACUGACUGUUCAUACUGUAGACAGUACCAUAUUGUUAUUUUUUAUUAUUGUUUCCUUCACAUCAUACAAAUGAUGUAUAGUCUUCUCCAGGGGCAACACAAAGCUAGAUA